UACAAUAUUCUCAUUAGUCAGACUUGCAAGUUGCGAUUUGUUUUUGUUAUGGACGCUGUAUAAAAUAUCCUUACAUCGAUUCUGGUCGAAACAUUUGUUAUUUCUAUGCAUUAUAAUAUCAGGUUUGUUCUCAAUUAUAAAUAUUGUUAAGAAGUAAUCACCCAACAAGUGUCAUGGAGGCUACAGUAGAACUUGAACCAUUCAUGAAGACUGGUUUUAAAAUUGCUCGUCGCACCAAGGACUCAAGUUCCAUCAAAAUAUUACUGAAACAUUUUGAAGACUCUAUACAAGAGUUGUACGGUAGUAAUCGGCGGCCGUCAAACGCUGCCAAAAAAUUACCUGUUCCGACUACUCUGCUAUCAAAAGAUCUGGGUAUUGAACAAAUAGAUUUAGAUGACGAUUCUAGCAGUUCGAGUUCCUCAUCCAGUCCAAUAGCAACUACAUCUAAAUCCAUCAUAGAAGUUCGCUCUUCCCCACCACCCACAAUAACAUUGGAACAGGCCAAAUCUGAUCCUGUCAUAAAUAUUGAUUCAGAUUCUGAUUCAGGAUCAGAUAAAGUAGAAGCAUAUUCCUGUUGUACUUGCAAAGAGAGUUACGUUGUAAUGGGAAACAGUCUAGUAGAAUGUUUGGAAUGUCAUUCUAUGUAUCAUCAGAACUGCCAUAAUCCACCAAUAAUAGACAUAAACCUGGAUGACCCCCGAAUCGUCUGGUAUUGUAUCAAUUGUAGGCAGAAAGACUAUCAGAAAACCGAUUCACGUUCAUCGGGAAAGGAAAGCAAAAAAAACUCUUCUAAAAAUGCUUCUAAGGCAGAAGGAUCUAAGUCCAGCAGUAAAAAUGCACAAGCCAAAUCGAGUUCUAGUAAAUCUAAAUCUGCUUCUGCCAACAGCAGUCCUAAACAUUACCCACCCACUUCUAGCACUAUGAUGUCUGUUAUGGAGAAGAGAGUUCAAAUGAUGAAAAAGAAAGCUGCUAAAAAAUCUGAGAAAAAGAAAUAAAAACAUAAUAAUCAAUAUUAUAUUUAAAAAAAAAGAAACAAUA